AUGAGAACAAAGACAAAUGUACGGUAUGCUGCCGUCUCAUUUGUUCUGUCACUUCUCCCAUAUACUACUUGCUAUAUAUUUAUUCGCCUUUCUAUUUGGGAGCUACUCGUCAUCCUCUGUAUUGAGUCUCAACCAAAGUUCCAUAGUCUUCUCAAGUCUCAUCUUGACUUGACUUGUAGCAUCGAUGUGUCUCAGCAGUACUUGAUCACCGCGAGCACAACACUUUGCAAGCUGGGGUCAUACACCACAGCCACGGCAACCCAAUAUGAAUGCACUAAUCAGACGAUGCUCGGUGCCUCGAUAUCUCACGGGCCUAGAAGACAGGCCUUGAACGACGGCUAA